AUGGCACCUAGAUUCACAGAGGCAGAAAAGGGAAAGAAGCAUGUUAGUGAAAACAACAUCAAGCGCAUUAAGGCCCCUAGCCUUGAUACAUCAGCUCUCAUUCGCGACAAUGCACUUACUCUCAUUGGAAGACUCACCAACCCUCGAGAACAAAAGCUGUGGGCUCUCAUCCCAGCCCUUCCACCCAAAUGGAACCUACAAGGGAGAAGAGAAGAUGAUCUAAGAAGAGUCCUAGACAACAGGCCUUACCACUUUGCCUACUGGAUAGUCAUCCUCCAAAGAUGGGAGCCUGUCAUCUCCACCUCUUUUCCGAUUCUCUUCUGGACCAAGAUAAAAGGACUCCCACUCCACUUAUGGCAUGAUGAUAUGAUUGUUCGUGUGGGUCAGGAGCUGGGGACUCUGGAAAAUCAUGAACUCACAAGAACUUCUGCGAGAGCCAGAGUCCAUGUUGAUGCGUUAAAGCCACUCAUAAAAGAAUCAAUUAGCUCACAGAAGGAGAAUCUAAAAGAUUACCGUUUGGACAUAAGCGUUCUUCCCCCAAGCUCUAAUCAACAGUCUUUCCGUGAGAGAUUUGAUAGACACGGGAAAAGCUUCGGAGACAGAGUCAGCACGAAACAAACUCGUAACCCUCCACCAGAGAGACUUCCAACCCUUAGUGAGAGGCCAAAACUCUCCUGGAGAGAAUCGCCUGUCCAGGAUAGACCCAGUUCCUACGCUUCUCCUCCAUACUCCAAAAGCAGAAACCACUCAGGAGCACCAACACACAGAAGUAGGGAUCUUUUCCCCCAAAGGAGCCAAGGCCAAUGGAGACCUAAGCAGACCCUUGAGCCACAACAAACUUCUGAGGCUGUGGAAAAUUUUGAUCAUCGUGCACCGGAGAAGACCUUCGCAAUUGAGCCACUGCACACAAGAGCCAAUGGCAAUCAAGUCCUUACCAGAGAAGCUAUAAUGGAAGAUUUACAUAAGGUGACAAAGAAAUACCUGAGUUGCCCUGACCCAGUGGAAGCAGCAGUUAGAAGACAAAGAGUCCUCUACAGUGACGAUGAAGGCCUAAUGGAAGCAACAUCAACAACUAUCUCGGCAUCCACAACAACCCAGCUCCCCCUUGCAGCUGAGACUACUGCUUCAGACAGUAACCCGGUCACUCCCCCACCGGAGCAAGUAAACCCCCUACAAGCACUCAUCUUCCCGCCCAAUCUGGUUAUUCAUAGCCCGCAUAGUAGGGCAGAAGAGGACGAAAUUUUGGAUCCCUACUACAGUGAUGUCUCCCCUCAUCAUGCGCUCCAAGAACAAACAAAUGAAGCUGAUAAAUAUGCAAAACUGAAAUCAAUCAUUGUUAGUCCUCAACCAACGCAAGUUGAUAGACCUAUUGAACCUCAAAACCAUUUGAAAUCACCUGAGGAAAAUGAAACGCUACGGGAGUUUCAAUCCAAGUUGAGGAAAAGCAUGAGGAGGCUUAUUCCUAAGCUGGAAGAACAAAAGAAAAAAACAAACGUUAAUAGAGAUGAUGUUUUGGCUAAACUCGAGACAGAAAAGAGGAUGUCUCUCAUCAAAGCUUGGGAGGCUGAGAAAUCCAAAGUGGAGAACAAAGCUCAGAAGAAGCUUUCUUCAGUUGGAGCUUGGGAAAACAGCAAGAAAGCAUAUGCGGAAGCUGAGCUAAAAAAGAUCGAGCAACAACUCAUUAAGAAGAAGGCCGAGUAUGCAGAGCAAAUGAAGAACAAAAUAGCUCAAAUUUACAAAGAAGCUGAAGAGAAGAGAGCCAUGACCGAAGCUAAGCGUGGGGAAGAGAUUCUGAAGGCCGAGGAAAUGGCUGCAAAGUACCGAGCCACAGGAACUGCCCCAACAAAGUUAUUUGGCUGCUUUUGA